AUGGAGGAACAGGUCGAGAAUGCCAUCCAGAUCGCCGCCAACCCGACAUCCAGCCAGGAGGUGCGCGGCCAAGCUAUAGGGUACCUGGAACAGCUACGCUCAGAAGGCUCCGCAUGGCAGGCAGCCCUUUCGCUCUUCACGCGCAACCCUCGCGCCACCGAUUUCGUCCGUCAUACCUCGCUCGAUCUUGUCAACAAUGCAAUCCAGGAGCAUCGCCUAGAUGAGCAAAGCACCACAUACAUCAAAGACACCCUCAUGAAUCAUAUCCGUCAGUCCUAUGUGCCUGGAAGUGGGGCUGCGGAUACAAGUCACAUUCAGAACAAGCUGAUGCAGACUAUCACAUACCUUUUCGUCGCCUUAUACCCGUCUUCAUGGCAAUCUUUCUUCGACGAUUUCCGCGCCCUGGCCGGUGACCAGGCUGCGAUUGGUAGCGUCAAUACAGCUACAACGUUCCUAUACCUUCGUAUGCUUGGCCAGGUCCACGAUGAGAUUGCGGAUCAAUUGGUCACACGUUCGGAAUACGAAAAGAAGCGGAACACAGAACUGAAGGAUCUCAUUCGACAGCGGGACGUACAAAAAAUUGCGGCUUCCUGGCAAGAGAUCCUCGACAAGUGGCGAGAGACGGAUCUUGGGCUCGUGGAGAUGUGCUUGAGGGCUAUCGGACGUUGGGUUAGCUGGAUCGAUAUAAACUUGGUCGUGAACCAAACUAUGAUCACCACUUUCCUGGAGAUGGCUGGUCAGCAAGGUAUCGCUGACCCUGAGAGUGCUGCUGGAAAAGUGCGCGAUGCCGCCAUCGAUACCUUUUCAGAAAUUGUUGGCAAGAAAAUGAGUCCAUCAGACAAGAUUGAGCUGAUUACUUUCCUGAAUCUCGCUGAAGUUGUUGGUCAACUCAUCAAUAGUCCAGCUCUGGCUGAGUUCCACAGUCCAAAUUACGACAACGACCUUGCAGAGACGGUCGCCAAGCUUGUUAACAACAUUGUUUUUGACAUUGUCAAGAUUCUAGAAAAUGAAACAGUCGAAAAUCACAUUCGGCAGCGCGCAGACGACCUCAUUCGAAUCUUCACGCCGUAUCUCCUACGUUUCUUCGCCGACCAGUACGACGAAGUAUGUUCCACUGUCAUUCCAUCCCUCACAGAUCUCCUUACCUUCCUACGAAAACUGCAAAAGAAGACAGGGUCUGUACCCCCACAGUACGCCGCUGUUUUACCGCCAGUCUUGGACGCGAUCAUUGCGAAGAUGAAGUAUGAUGAAACAGCAUCUUGGGGUGAAGAGGGCGAGCAGACCGACGAAGCAGAAUUCCUCGAUCUCCGACGGCGUCUUCAUGUUCUACAACAGACGGUGACUGCCAUCGACGAGGCAUACUAUAUCGAAACGCUCAGCCGCCUAGUGAACGGAACAUUUGGACGUUUGUCACAAGGGGACCAGUCAUUGAAUUGGCGCGACCUUGAAUUGGCCCUACACGAGAUGUUUCUGUUUGGAGAACUCGCCAUGCGGAAUUCGGGACUUUAUGCAAAGCGCGAACCUUCUUCUGCGGCCGCUCAACAGCUUGUUGUUAUGAUGAACAGCAUGGUAGAGUCUGGCCUUGCAAACUAUCCACACCCUGCUGUUCAAUUACAGUACAUGGAGAUUUGCGUUCGCUACUACCAGUUCUUCGAGCAGAACCCUGGACUCAUCCCCAAAGUUCUUGAAAACUUUGUCAGUCUUACCCACAGUGAACACCUCAAAGUUCGCUCAAGAUCCUGGUAUCUUUUUCAACGUCUAGUCAAGCAUCUACGAGCACAACUGGGCAAUGUUUCCUACGAUAUCAUCCAAGCAGUCGGAGACUUGCUCACAAUCAAAGCCGAGCUGCCCGACAACUCAGAAGAUGAAAUGUCGUCUGACGAAGAAGACCAAUCUGCGGAUGCGCUGUUCAAUUCACAGCUGUACCUUUUUGAAGCUGUUGGAUGCAUCGCCUCGUCAAGUACUGUUUCAGUAGAAAACAAGAAGUUAUACGCACAAACCAUCAUGGGCCCAUUAUUCGAGGAUAUGCAAAAGACCCUUCCCCAAGCAAGGAACGGCGAUGAGCGGGCUAUACUACAAAUUCAUCAUAUCAUCAUGGCUUUGGGAACGCUGGCACGCGGUUAUUCGGACUGGGUUCCAUCGAACAACAACAGCGCUCUCCCACACAGUGAGGUUGCAGAUGAGUUUGUCAAAGCGUCCGAGGCUAUCCUCGUCGCUGUCGAAUCGCUGAACUCGUCUAGCUCUAUUCGUCAUGCCGCGCGCUUUGCCUUCUCACGUAUGAUUGCUGUUCUGGGCUCGCGAUUACUACAGCAGCUACCAUCAUGGAUUGAAGGCUUGUUGUCACUCAGUUCAUCAAUGGAUGAGAUUAGCACAUUCCUCAAGGUUCUUGGUCAAGUCAUUUUCACAUUCAAAUCAGAAAUCGCCGGCAUCCUGGAUAGUGUCAUGAGUCCAGUCUUGCAGCGCAUCUUCACCGCCUUAGCCGUGGUCCCUUCGGGCACAGACGACGAGAUCCAGCUCGCUGAACUUCGUCGAGAAUAUCUGAACUUCAUUGUUGUCAUUCUCAAUAAUGGCCUCGGGUCUGUGCUCGUUAGUAAUGCAAACCAAGGGACUUUCGAGCCCAUCAUUUCUUCCAUUGAGACAUUCGCACGGGACACACAAGACUACCAAACUGCGCGCCUUGCAAUCUUUGUACUCAUUCGCAUGGUCUCUGUCUGGGGCGGACCCGACAAGGUCGGACCUGGCGCAAAUGCCACACCUACUUCGCCAGAUACCACACAAGCACCAUUGCCAGGUUUCGACAACUACGUGGUAGAGAAGUUUGCGCCGUUGGCAUGGUCCAUCCCAGCAUCUCCAGGUUUCAACGCUAAAGAUGCACAAGCGCGACAAGUGCUGUAUGAGACGGCGAAUCUCCAGCACGAGAUCAUCAAGAAGGUUGGUGAAUCAUAUGCGGAGCGUCUCAAGGGCGACCUGAGCGGCAUGGGUAUUGGCGAGGAUGUUCAAGAUCAGUAUCUACGCACGCUCGCAGGCUCAUUUGAAGGCCCAAAGAAGGAGAAGGAAUGGCGUAACUUUUAUACCCAGUUUGUGGAUCGCAUGCUUGCAAGCAGGGCUUAGGCACCUUGGGAGUCCUAUUGGUUGUGUCGGCCCAAGAAUCACAGGAGAUGGUCGAGGGUUACGGCGUCAAUCAACUGUAAGUUCUGGGAAGGCAUCAUUCUGCAUGGUAGCGGGCGCGAGGAACAGCUUGUUUUCUGCUUGGGGGCAUCAUAGCCUGAUUAUUUUGUGAUAACCCUUUUUUUCAUGUACUGUUCAAAGCUAGCUUGCGUUUCGUUUUCCAGAAAUGCGGUACCCAAUAUCAAAAAGAUGGAAAUUUUUGAUUUUUUUCCUAAU